AUGGAAGAUUAAUGGUUUCUGAAUGGAAAGAAAGUAAUCAAGCAAUAGAUGCUAUCAAAAUCAUCGCAUCAAAUAAUCAAUGGAGUCUCAAUAACAUUGGAGGCUUCGUUUGGAUGCUUGCAAAAUCCAAUAAGAAAGAACUGCAUGUUUGUGAAUGAUGACACUCUCAUGUUUAUAAGUGGUAAGCAUAUUGUGCUUUAUGACAUCAUACGAAAACGAUAAACCUACAUCAUGAAGAGUGCCGAAGAUGAAGUGGUCUAAGCAUUGAGUUUCCAUGUUUCAAAUGGACAGAAAUUAUUCAUAGCCAUAGCAUUCAAGUCUACAAGCAAGAUUCUCCCAACAGUCAAGGUGUACAAUCGAAAAAAGAAGCGAUUCUAUCAAUGUGUGCAUUCCCAUUUACUACCUAAUAGCAACAUUCAUGAGAUUCUGUUCAUCAAUGAUGGAAAGCAUCUAAUAUCGUUGUCUACUUAGGAGGAUGGUUAUGGAAUGAGUUUAUUUGCAAUUAGCAAAGAAGUUUCACUUUCUUAUACACUUAUCAAAUAAAAAAUUAACAUGUUGGAACCCAUAAGUGAUUUUGAAUUUUUUUUGAUUGGACCAUAGUUUUUAACAUCAUAUAAGUAUUAAGCAGACAUCAGUGGAUUAGAAAUAUAGAAUAAUUUGAUAUCCAUCUUAGAAUUAUAAUAAGAUGAGAGUAUAGUAGGAGUAUGUUAUAACACUGAGAGGAAAUACACCAUCGUAGCAACUAGCAAAAACAAUCUCAUAAUGAUCAAAGGAGACAAGAGAGUUGGCCAAUUUGAACUAUAAACUCAAUAGAAAGAGUCGAAUCAUUUAUUAUAAUAGAUUAAUAAAGAUAAAAAUAAACCAACUGAACAAGAAAAACUAGCGAAUGUUAAAAUAUCUACUAUUGCAAAAACCAUUAAAGGAUUCAUAAUUGGUUUAAUAGGUAAACCUGCUUUGUAGGUGUAUGAGAUUGAAUAAGAUGGAUCUGAAAAAGAGUAAUAUGUCUUAAAUUUGGUUGGUACCUACUUCAUAAAAGAUGAACAUAUCUAUGGAAUUCAUCAAAUUCAUUUGGCCUCAGAUGAAAUGUAUGCAGCAUUAACAGUAAUUUACUUUAAUCGUUCUGCAUAUCAAGUAGCCUUAGGAUCUUAGUAGGCGUUGUGUAAUAUUGUUUCAUGUGAGUAAAUCUUGGAGAAUUAUUAAGGAAAAUUAGAAUUGUUUACAUUUAACUUAGCAAUUGUAGAAGCUUUGAAAUCCGUUCAAAAAGAUCCAUUUGAACCAUUAUUCGAGAAAGGUGUUCACAAGGGUACUAUUUUCAAUAUUGCAACAACGCCUAUGAGAUCUAUAAUAGCAUCUGUAUGUGAUGAUAAGAAUAUCAAAUUUUGGGAUUAUUCAAACGAUUUUAAGGAGAUGUUCUCACAUUAAUUUCAUGAAACUCCAUUAUCAGUAGCCAUUCAUCCAUUGAGUUAUUAAUGUGCAAUCGGAUUCAAGGAUGGUCUUCGAUUCUAUUUUAUAUUAGAUGAUGAUCUGAAAUUGGUUCACAAUGAAACUACCAAGGUUUGUAAUGCACUUACAUAUAGUGAGGGAGGUCACAUCUUGGCUGCUGCUAAUGGUAAUCAAAUCCAAUUAUAUAAUCCAUUGACAUAUAAGAUGAUAAAUGUGUUGCCCAAUCAUCAAACAAAUCUCAAGGAUCUACUAUUUAUAGAUAGAGACAAUCUGCUGAUUUCCCAAUGUCAAUUUGGAAUUUUAUAUGUUUGGAAUCUGCUCUCUGGUGAAAGAAUCUUAGAACAUGCUCAGAAGCAGAACAAGUAUCAAAGUUUGUGUUAUGACUUCGAAUAUGAUCUUGUUGUUGGAGUCUCAGAUUAGAAAUUAAAGGUGUAUCAUGAAAAGGGUCAAAACAUGGUCUUGGAAGUCGACACAUCUCCUACUUAAUUUAGUGCCAUCUGCAUUAGUCAUAGAUACAAUGCGAUCUUCUUUGGAACUACUCAAGGAUCUAUUAGAGUUUACUCUUAUCCAUUUUAUCAUUUCAAUCCUAAAAUGAUGGAAUCUAUCGAAAUUCCUGUCCAUUAAUUAGCUGUUACAGCCAUUAAAGUAUCUCCUGAUAAUAGUUAUUUGAUAAGUUCAUCAAUCGAUGGGAGUAUAUUCUUUAGUAAAAUCAAACAAUUCAUUAAUGGUGAAGAGAUUACACAAUUAGAUCUCAUAACUAGAGGAGAUAUUGAGAAUAAGAUUACUAACACUUUUGCACUUAAUAGUUUGUGCUUGUGUUCUACAACUGCUUAAGAAAUAAGGCAAGAAUAGUUGAAGGAAUUGGAAUAUCGAUUGUAGAAUUUUAAGAGUGACAUCGAUGAUGCUAAGGAAGUUCAAUUGAAUAAUAAUGACUAUAAACUUAAGAAAAUACGGGAUGAACAUGUUAAAGAAGUUCAAAAGGUUUAAGAUUAACUAUCUCAAACAAUUUAACAGUCUGAUGCUAAAAACAACAAGAUUAAGGAAGAUAAAAAGAAUUUAAUUGCGACUUCAAAGAAAACUAUUGAGGAGAUGAAUGAAUAAAAUUCUAAGAAACUAUUGUCGAUUUAUGAUAUCAGAGACAAAUUGAAUGAAAAAUUAUAAAACAUUAUUAAACAGCAAGAUGAAGAAAGACGUUUAGUGAAUCAAGAAUAUUAAUAAUCAAUCUCUUAAGUGGAUGAUGAAUACUGUUAAAAAUACUAAGACUUAUUUAAUAGAUUCAGUCAAGCCAUGUCCAAUAUGAAAUUAGAUCAAAGGAAAUUUAAAGAAGUCUUGCAGUAAAGUGAGAAAGACUAUGAAACGUUUUAUAAGGAGUCCCAACAGUCUUUAAAGGCAAAGUUAGAGGAAUUUAAUACUCAAACAGAAAUAUUGAGGUCAAGCAUCUCUAGAUUUAAAAAGGAGAUUGUUAGGUAUUAAAAUAGAAAAGAAAUCUUGCACAAUUUAAAAAAAGAAACUGAUGAGUCUUUGUAAAGUUUACGUUAAGAGUUGAAAGGCUAUGAGGAAAAACAUAAGAUGAUGUUGGCCGAUUUAAGAGAGAAAGAGAAACUCAUCAAUUAAAGGGAAUAGCAAAUAAAGGACUUUAGGAUGAAGAAUGUGCAUUUACAAAACUUCUAAAAAGUCUAUGAUUAUAGAGUGAACACAUUAAAAGAUGAAAGAGAGCCGCUUAUGGAUCAUCUGAAAAAUAUGGAAAAACACGUUAAGAAUCUCUACAAUGAAUUGAUAGAGGAAUCUGGAUUGAAGCAAUCUAGGAUUGAAGAAGAAAGAAAAUUAAUUACAGAUUUAAAUAUAUUUAAAAACUAACUCAAAUCUGCCUUAACUGUUUUAUCUUUAUCAAAAAGAAAUAUGGACAACUUUAAAUCUUCAAUAUAAACAUUGAUUAAUAGUGAUACUGGAGAUUGGCCAGAAAAAUUGGAAGAAUUGUAUCAUAUGGUGUAAGAAGAGAAUAGCAAAGCAAUCACUAUCAAAAAUCCUGUGUUUUAAGAAACGUUAAAGGAUAUGUAAAAGGAUCCUUUAUAAUAACAAAUUGAUCAAAGCUAGCAGAAUGCCAUCUAUAAAGCAUUAUCAAGCUAAAAACAAUAUUUACAAUAGAGUCUCUCUGAAGUUGAGGCUUCUGUUAAGUAUCAACUUGGAUAAAGAGUUGUAGCUCAUGAUACUAUUCAGGACUAAAAUAAGCAUCUUAUUAAACAAUGCAAAGAAUUGAGAGAAAUUAAAUAGGAACUGAAAUCAAAAUUAGAUGGCAUGAAUAAGGAAUAUAGAGAGAAAAAGAGAGAAUUAAAUAGCUAGGGCAUAGAAAUACCAGAAGAAAAUGAAGAUGAUAAUUAAUUUGGCAAGACCUAUGCCACUACUUUUACUUCAGUUACAAGAACACCUGGAACGAAGUCGCAAUAGAAUUUUAGAACUAAAAUUAUUAGAAAUAUAGGUUGA